AGUUCGCCCGCUGGCUUUACGGUGCUUUCAGAGACGUCUCAGCGCUCUACAGAAGUUUGGAAAGAAAGUAUGCGACUCUGAAAAAGAGGGGCCCCACGCUAGGAAUUGGUGUUUUCGAAAAACAGAAAAUGGUGCUUCCGGGCGACCGAGAGCCGUGGAAGAGGGAUGAUGUGCUCGUGAGUGCGUUGUCCGUUGAGUGGAUUGCAAAGAACGUGUUUCUUGUGGCCGUCCCUUCCUAUCGACGUAAGGUGAGCUGCGAGCUGACGGCGGUGGACGGUCCUCGCGGCACGGCUCCUGCGUUGACGGAGAGAGUCUGCGAUGUCCUCCAGCGCGUGAACAGCGCGAUGCGACUGUACCUGCGGCAGGACUUCUACAGCAAUUUCCCGCUGGAGGGCUACGGGGACGUCAUCUUCUCGGCUGAAACGAAGCAGGACACUCCGUACGAGCUGCACUGGUGCUCCCUUCAGGAGACUCUGGUGAGGGCGGGCGUCGCUUGCGUGGUGCGACCGAGUGUCAUUCGCCAAGAAGCGCUUCUCCAAGCCGAAGAAGAGCCGACGCAGGAAGUCAAGAGCUCCGGUGCGUCCUCGUGGCUGCACGAGCUUCAGCAGCGUGAGCACAGCCCUCUCUUCUGCCUGGAGCGUCGCUGCGUGGUGGAGGACGUGAUGCGAGGGGACGUCUACCGCGUGUCGUGGCUCACUGAUGCUGCGGGAACGGCAACGGAACGAUUGGCCAGCAGCCCUGCGGAGCUGCCGCCGCUUCUCAUCCUGGACGCCACGGUAUGCCACGCUGUGUCAACGCAGCCGGGCUUUGCGGCCCUGCGCUGGGCUCAGCUGCACGUCCUGCACCGCGAGCUGGUGGUGCAGGUGCAUGGCGUGUACCCCUCCGAUAAGGACGUCGCUUUUAACACGCAGCUGGAGACGUACGAGUACCUUGCGAAUGUCCGUGGAUCUGCGGGCGUGCUGGACGCUGAGGGCGAGAGGAGGGACAUCGGUGUCACGUUGAUUAGGCAGGGGCUGGCCUGGGUGCGCCGUGUGGCAGACGCAGGUGUGCCUCGUGCUAGCAACUUGUUCGACCUCUUUCGCGCAGUUGACGCAGCCGCAGCAGAGGAAGCAACAACGGCAGCGGCCGUACCGAAUCGCGCCAGCAACGAUACGACGCUCGACGUUCUUCCGGAAGUUGAUGUGGACGCUUGCGCGGCGUUGGGCAAGGCAUGGGGACUCUCUGCCGCAGCGGCCGCCGGAUUACUCGACUGGCAUGGCGAGCGGUGGAGGCGUGCCGGCGCAGCGUCCAUGCUCCACGAACCUAUUUCGCAGUUGGGAGAGCCGUCACGUGUUGCACCUAAGCCCGGGAUCACAGCGGAGGCGUGGAAUCGCUUUAUGUGGUGCGCUGAUUUGCACAGAGACCCCAACGACGAACCGCGCGUGUACCAACACCGGCCCCUCCGCACGCUGUUUCCGCUGGCCGGACUGGCGGAGUGGCGUGUGCGGCUACAAGGGCAGCUGGAGGGCGCCGUCGUGGUCAACACCGACGAUGGCCGGCACUUUCUUCAGGUAGAAGUGAUGGCGACGACGCCCGCCGUGGAGUGGCGGGAGCUGCGCCGGUCUUACGGUUACGCUGACCUCGACGUGGUGCGCUUCUCACCUACACCGGGUGACGUCGUGCUCGGCAAGAAGGUGAGGGUUGUCAUCACCGCCUCCAGCUUCGGCCAGAACGCGGAGCCGCGCCUGCGUGUGUGCUGCACUUCCUACCCUGCGAGCUCCUUCUCGCUGGCGCAGCACAAGCCUUCCGAUGUGUGGCCCGUGAUGGACGGCGGCAGGUGUGAGGAAGAGCUCUCCAUUGACGGGACAGCGAAGGAGGAGCGGGUGUUUGUGCUCGACGUCGUGGUGGAGACGCGAGACGAGGACUCCAUGACGUGGACGCAGCGCGGCACCGGGCGAGCGGUGUAUCUACUCUCUCCGGAUGUGGAGUCCGACGCCGCCGAAGCAACAACGCACAAGGACGCUGAUGACAAGCCGAACAGCCGCAGCAACGAUGCGGAAUCAGAAACACGUAAACACAGCACGGCCCUGCAGCCGUCUUUCUCCUACUUCUGCAAGAUGAGUUUCUUCUUUGAACUCGAUGCGCCUGCGAUGGACGCAGACUCCGACGCUGGCACAGGAGGAAGGCUCCUCUCGCUGCUAAAGCAAGCCUUUUCGGAGCUUAUGUACGAGGACGUCGUCAUCUUGCCGGUUGGUGUCGCGGAAGUGUGCGGGGUGCGUGGCCUCGUCGGGGACCUUCUCUUCCCCAGCGAGCCAGCGCCGCGGACUGGCGCCAACCCGACGUUGCGCACGCGGGCGCCGGUGUUGUUUGCGCGCAGUUUGCUCUCCGCGAUUGGUCAGGCGUGGUGGCCUCGGGAAACGUCUUCCGGCAGCGUCACCUCAACGACUCCCUGGCCGAUGUCCAGCGUCGUGUACGCCGCCGUGCUAGAGAGCUUCCGCGUGUGUCUCGAGAAGGUAGAAGAGGAGGAGUGGGCAGCGCGGCAGAGUUUUCUGAAGGAGGUGGAGUGGCACUACCAACUGUUGGACCAGGAGGCGCUCAACACCUUUCUGUCCUACCGCCCUCCCACACCUUUCAAGAUGAGCGACAUCGCCCCACCCGCGCGAUCGACGCCGCAGCGCUGUCUCCGCUUCACGGCGGGACAUUCGGAGUUGUGGCGUGACGGGGCGGCUGCCGGAGGGAUUCCGCGCCUGCGGUUCCCCGCCUCGAUUCUGCCGCCGACGGUCCCCCUGUCGCUCUUUGCUGUCCGCCCACGGGAGCUCUUCUCGGUGGCCACCACGCAGAAAAUGACGGUCGUCACGCAGGCAAAGAACGCGCCGCCGCCGAAGACGUUGCAGGAGGUGGCGUACAACCAGCAGGACUGGGCCUUUAUGCGGCUGAACUUUCCCUUCUUGCCAAACAUUCUGCACUGCGACUGGGAGCGACUGCCGCUCUCGCUGCGCAACACGGAGCGCGGGCUGUGCGAGUCGAUUGUGAGGGAUGGCAACGUGGUGCGCGAGCCAGGGAUGCUCUACACCACGGAUCGUAUCUUUUCUUUGCUCCUCUCCUACCUUGCGCUGCUGCAGUGCAUGCAGGUUAGCUGUGGCAGCUCUUCCAAGCCAGACAGUUCGCUCGACCCGUCGUCAUCGGCGCUUGCCUCCGUCUACGUGGCUCUGCGGCAGAGCACCCCCUCCAUCUGGGAUGACUGCAAGUCUGCCUUGCACUUCUCCGCCACCCUCUUCGUUCUGCCCUCGUACGGUGCGGGGGGCGAUGCCGCGAGGGCCGCCCCGCACAGCCGCCCUCUCUUUCUGGGCAGUCGUGACAACGUCGUGACCGACGCCUUCGAGGUGCCGCGGCGGGACAACGCGUCGCCGGAGACGGUUUCCUUUCCGCUGCUGCGCGACCUCACUACGCAGUGCGUGUCCGCCCUUGCACUGGAGUCACUCGUGGAGUCGGAGUUGGAGGCGAAGGCAAAUGAUGGGGAAGGCCGGGCGACGACAAAAGCUCCGACAGCGGCCUCGGUGACGAACCUCGACGAAGGCCGGCGGCCCGACCAGCUGCGCCUCAUUUCGAACCAAGGGCUGCCGUGGAGGCCGGCGCAGGCGAGCACGCCCAUCCUUUACCACCCGCUGCCUCGCGUGGCGGUUUUGGCGUCCCCGUUGGUGGAGCGGGAGGAGUACACGGCAGACGCGCUCGGCCGCCUGCACCUCGACCGCGACAGCUUUGCAGGCGUGAAAGCAGCAUGCAAAGACGAGGUGCAGGUCCGGCGCAGAGUGGUGUUACAGUAUCGCUGUUUGAACCAGUUCAGUGAGAAGAGUCCGUACAAGACGAUCUCGUAUGGCAGGGCAUCCUCGGUCGACAUGUUCAGGACGUUAAUCAACGACCGCGCACGAGGCAAGGAAAUCCAAGCUUACAUGUCGCUGCUGCUGCGCAGAAAUGUGCUGACAGGCGUCGCGGAAACGGUGUCGGGAGCAUCGUGUGACGCCGCUCCUUUGGCUGACGGUCUGCUCACCUUGUAUGGCGUCCCAGCCGAGCCCCUCUACGUGCAUUACCGCUCCCGUGCGGAUCUUCGCUUCACUCUCAGCACCAUCUGCCCCCCAUUGCGCAGGGCCCUGCUCCAGGCGGAGCAGAACGUCCCACCGAAGGCUGACGUCGUGGAGGAGGCAGAGACGGCUCUUUUCGGGCUCUACGCCGAGGCCGCCGCGAGGUACGUGCGCAAGGUGUACGAGCGGGUGCGCAGGGAGCAGAAGUCCGCCGACGCGGUGCAGCAGAUUUCGCUCUUCUGCACGUUGCAGCCGUGGGACGACACGAUCCCCCCGUACAUCGCCAUUCAGGUUUUCCCCGUGUACGCGACGGAGGCGGAGACCACGGCGCGCGUGCUGGACCAGGAGAGCAUCUGGCACGACCCCGCCACGUAUCAGAAUAACCCCCACCGCGCGUUUUCGCUGGUGGGCAGCCGCUUCGGCCGACUGCCCUUGGCGGAACUCCGAAUUCAUUACGACGUUGCAAAGAACCGUUUUGGAUCCUCGUGGAAUGAGAUGUUCGAAAGCACUCUCGACCCCGCUCCACCGUCAUCAUAA